AUGCAUUCUCAAUAGCAUAAUUAACACUACAAUAAAUUCCAAAUCUACACAAAGUCCUAACUUCUAUUUUACAGAAAUGCACAAGAUACUUUUAUCAAUUUUGCAGUAUUUAACUUCAAGUUAGAGUAAUAGAAAUUCAAUAUUAACAAUAAAAAGAAAAUGUGGUGUAAUUUUGAAGAUAAGGAAUCUCUUGCUGACAUCUUUGCCUAAGUUAAAGAUGUAGAUGAACAAAUAUUUGGACUCAUAUUCGAAAUAUUUGAAAAGGAAAGAGUCUAAGACUCUAUUGGAUAUCUUUAGGAUUAUGGUAAUCAAAGUCUUUUGGAAUAAUUAAAAAUAAAAGGAGAAAAUAUAACAUAGGCUGAGAAAAAAUAGAAAUUGUCUCAAUGUGUUCAAAAUGAUUUGAAAAUAAUUCUUAAUCUCUUAAAAAAAAUGAAAAAUCACAACUUUAAUAAGAAAGAUUAUUUUAGUGAAAACAACAUGAGAUCUAUAAAUAAUUUAAUAAAAAGCAUAAAGGAAAAUAGAGUAAUCAUAGAAUUUUUAUAAUUUUUAGUUCACCUCACAUCUAUAGAUAACACUUUAAUAUAAUCUGGGUCUAAUUCAUUAUAAAUAUUAGUUGAAAUGAAGGUGGACAUUAGAAAAAAAAAUUUUGAAAAUAUUAAAAUCUAAAAUACUUCUUUAGUAGGAGGUAAUUUUGCUUGGUGUAAUUUAAGUGGAUCCUAAUUUGAUAAUGUAAAUAUAAAUGGAAUGAAUUUAAAUGGAGCAUUAUUAUUUAAUUGUAAAUGGAAUAACUUAAGAAUCCAUGAAUUAAAUAAUAUAAAAAGUUUUACCUAUUCAAUCUAAGUGGUUUGUUUUUCUUCUCAUUAAAAUAUAUUAGCAUCUUGUAGUUUUGAAGAAAUUCUUAUAUGGGAUGUCAAAACAGGGUAAUAAAAAGCCAAAUUAGAUGGUCAUAAAUAUGGUGUAGCAUCAGUCUGUUUCUCUCCUGAUGGAAAUACAUUAGCCUCUGGUAGUUAUGAUAAGUCUAUCCGUCUAUGGGAUGUCAAAACAGGAUAAUAAAAAACCUAAUUAAAUGGUCAUAGUAAAUAGGUUAACUCAGUCUGUUACUCUCCUGAUGGAAAUACAUUAGCAUCUGGUAGUGAUGAUGAAUCUAUCUAUCUAUGGAAUAUUAGGACGAAGAAAAAAGUUGUCAAAUUGGUUGAUCAUAAUAACGCUGUCUAGUAAGUCUGUUUCUCUCCUGAUGGAAAAAGAUUAGCUUCUGGUAGUGAUGAUUGUUCUAUCCGUCUAUGGGAUACAAAAACAGGAUAAUAAAAAUCCAAAUUAGAUGGUCAUACUCGUACUGUCUACUCAGUCUGUUUCUCUACUGAUGGAAAUACAUUAGCCUCUGGUAGUUAUGAUAAAUCUAUCCGUCUAUGGGAUGUCAAAACAGGAUAGUAAAAAGCCAAAUUAGAUGGUCAUAGUAAUUGUAUUAACUCAGUCUGUUUCUCUCCUGAUGGAAAUACAUUAGCUUCUGGUAGUGAUGAUAAGUCUAUCCGUCUAUGGGAUGUCAAAACAGGAUAAUAAAAAACCUAAUUAAAUGGUCAUAGUAAAUAGGUUAACUCAGUCUGUUACUCUCCUGAUGGAAAUACAUUAGCAUCUGGUAGUGAUGAUAAGUCUAUCCGUCUAUGGGAUGUCAAAACAGGAUAAUAAAAAGCCAAAUUAGAUGGUCAUAGUAAUUAUAUUAACUCAGUCUGUUUCUCUCCUGAUGGAAAUACAUUAGCUUCUGGUAGUGAUGAUAAGUCUAUCCGUCUAUGGGAUGUCAAAACAGGAUAAUAAAAAGCCAAAUUAGAUGGUCAUAGUAAUUAUAUUAACUCAGUCUGUUUCUCUCCUGAUGGAAAUACAUUAGCUUCUGGUAGUGAUGAUAAGUCUAUCCGUCUAUGGGAUGUCAAAACAGGAUAAUAAAAAGCCAAAUUAGAUGGUCAUAGUAAUUAUAUUAACUCAGUCUGUUUCUCUCCUGAUGGAAAUACAUUAGCUUCUGGUAGUGAUGAUAAGUCUAUCCGUCUAUGGGAUGUCAAAACAGGAUAAUAAAAAGCCAAAUUAGAUGGUCAUAGUAAUUAUAUUAACUCAGUCUGUUUCUCUCCUGAUGGAAAUACAUUAGCUUCUGGUAGUGAUGAUAAGUCUAUCCGUCUAUGGGAUGUCAAAACAGGAUAAUAAAAAGCCAAAUUAGAUGGUCAUAGUAAUUAUAUUAACUCAGUCUGUUUCUCUCCUGAUGGAAAUACAUUAGCUUCUGGUAGUGAUGAUAAGUCUAUCCGUCUAUGGGAUGUCAAAACAGGAUAAUAAAAAGCCAAAUUAGAUGGUCAUAGUAAUUAUAUUAACUCAGUCUGUUUCUCUCCUGAUGGAAAUACAUUAGCUUCUGGUAGUGAUGAUAAGUCUAUCCGUCUAUGGGAUGUCAAAACAGGAUAAUAAAAAGCCAAAUUAGAUGGUCAUAGUAAUUAUAUUAACUCAGUCUGUUUCUCUCCUGAUGGAAAUACAUUAGCUUCUGGUAGUGAUGAUAAGUCUAUCCGUCUAUGGGAUGUCAAAACAGGAUAAUAAAAAGCCAAAUUAGAUGGUCAUAGUAAUUAUGUUAACUCAGUCUGUUUCUCUCCUGAUGGAAAUACAUUAGCUUCUGGUAGUGAUGAUAAGUCUAUCCGUCUAUGGGAUGUCAAAACAGGAUAAUAAAAAGCCAAAUUAGAUGGUCAUAGUAAUUAUGUUAACUCAGUCUGUUUCUCUCCUGAUGGAAAUACAUUAGCUUCUGGUAGUGAUGAUAAGUCUAUCCGUCUAUGGGAUGUCAAAACAGGAUAAUAAAAAGCCAAAUUAGAUGGUCAUAGUAAUUAUGUUAACUCAGUCUGUUUCUCUCCUGAUGGAAAUACAUUAGCUUCUGGUAGUGAUGAUAAGUCUAUCCGUCUAUGGGAUGUCAAAACAGGAUAAUAAAAAGCCAAAUUAGAUGGUCAUAGUAAUUGUAUUAACUCAGUCUGUUUCUCUCCUGAUGGAAAUACAUUAGCUUCUGGUAGUGAUGAUAAGUCUAUCCGUCUAUGGGAUGUCAAAACAGGAGAAGAAAUUAUAUCCUCUUCUCACAAUUGUCUUGCAUAAUUAAAGAUUCCACUCCAAUAACAUAGCCAAAUUUCAGAAGGUAGUAUUUAAGCCCUAUCAUUUUAUAGCCUCCAAUUACAUCACUAAACUCCUUAUAUCCUAAUCCGCUAUAUUCUAAGCACAAGGAGCUCUAGUUCUCAAAGGAGAAUUCAUUAAUCAUUAAGGCAUUGAUUUGAGACCUUUAUUGAAAUCAAAAGGUAGCUAUAUUUUGGAAAACCAAUUAGAUUGUAAUAAAAAAUUACAAUGA